UGAGGAACGGAAGACGAAAGAAAGCCGAGAAAAAUCAGUCAAAAUGCCACACAAAUUAAAUGAGAACAUUCUGUCACUGACGUUGGUGCAGAUCGCAACGGAAAACUGAAGCUCUGCAAUUGGAAAACGAAAGUGUAACUGGAGAAUCAAGUGGAUACAUUACAUUCGGAUAUAGAUUUAUGAACUGAACAACAUGGUUUUGGUUUCGAGCUGGAGGCAACUUUGGCUGGUGUUGCUUUUGGUCGUGGGCCUUUCGUUGGGUCUGCCGAGCCUGGAAAAUCAGACGCACGAACAAAUCGAACAGAUAAUAGCCUGCAGACAGCCCAAGGCACCUGGUUUGUGCCGAGGUCGCCAGUUGCGGUAUGCCUACAAUAGGGACACCGGAAACUGCGAGAGCUUCAUCUACACGGGCUGUGCCUCCACUGAGAACAACUUCAUGACCUUCGAGGAGUGCCGCAGGGAUUGCAUGCAACGCCUGCGUUACUGAAGUCCACUCAAACGAUGCUUAAUAUAUAUUUGUUGUUACAGAAA